AUGGCAGCAAAGCGCGUGUACCAAGUUUGGAAAGGAAGUAAUAAAUUCAUAUUUGGAGGGAGAUUGGCAUUUGGACCUGAUGCCAGAUCCCUAGUUAUCACUUUUUCGCUGAUUAUUGUUCCAGUGAUCAUCUUUUGUGCAUUUGUAGCAAGGCAUCUUCGGCAUGAGUUUUCUUCAUAUUAUUCAGGAUAUGCUAUUUUAGUAGCUGCAAUUCUCUUUACUAUCCAUGUCCUGGUGCUCCUCGGUCUUACUUCCGCACGCGAUCCAGGUAUUAUUCCAAGGAAUUCACAUCCACCAGAAGAAGAGUUUCGAUAUGAGUCUUCCGGGGUAGCCGGACAACAAACGCCAACUCUUCAGUUCCCACGAACAAAAGAAGUAAUGGUCAAUGGCCGUCCUAUAAAGGUGAAAUAUUGUGAAACUUGUAUGCUGUAUCGUCCUCCUCGUUGCUCGCAUUGCUCCAUAUGCAACAACUGUGUUGAGCGUUUCGAUCACCAUUGCCCUUGGGUGGGCCAAUGCAUUGGACUGAGGAACUAUCGUUACUUCUUUCUGUUUGUUUCUUCCGCAACGAUUCUGUGUGUCUAUGUGUUUUCUCUCUCGGCUUAUUACAUCAAGAUUCUGAUGGAUAAUAAUAACAAUGGUACAGUGUGGAAGGCGAUAAAAGAAUCUCCUGCAUCCGUGAUAUUAAUGGCAUAUUGUUUCAUCUCUCUAUGGUUUGUUGGUGGACUAACCGGUUUUCACUUGUACCUUAUAGGCUCAAACCAGACAACCUAUGAAAACUUCCGGCACAGAGCUGAUGGAAGGAUCAAUGUUUUUAAUCGAGGUUGUUUAAAUAAUUUUAUGGAAGUGUUUUGCACAGAAAUAAAGCCCUCUAGGAACAAUUUCCGGGCUUUUGUUCAAGAGGAGGUGCAAAGGCCACUGACUCCAGUCUUUGCCCGGGGACAUGAACAAGGCGAUUUGAGUGGUGAUCGUCGUCCUAAAGUUGAACAUGAUCUAGAUAUCGGCGAAGAUCUAUUGAAGAUAUCACAGCGUAGGAAUAUUGAAGAGCUCGACGAGGACAUUCAGAGUAGAGGGAGCAAUGGCGCACCCCAUAUUACAGCUGAUCCCGAUUCAAUUUUGUCAUCAGAUCAUCGAGCGACCACAAUACGAUCUGAUGCUAGGCACUCGAGUUGGGAAAGAAGUGGAAACUGGGAAAUCGCACAAGAUGUCUUUGCGAAUUCAAAUGUCACAGAAAGCAGACAGCAUGUCACAUCAAAGGAAAUGCGCCAAUGA